AUGGAUGAUGCUGGAACUUUUGGUGUUACAGGAACAGGACAAGAUGCGAGUCUAGAACAGUUUAGUGACUGGCUUCAGGUUUCCAUGGAUGAACAUGCAGUUGAUGGUUUUUCAAACGAUGCUCCCCGUGGUCAUCAUGCUUUUCAAGAUGAGUCACUGAUGGGACAUGAGUCACCUGAAGUGAUAUGGUCAGUGGACAACGGCGGAACUCAUGAGAGAGACCAGGUUGCGUCAGAAUGCCCUAGCCCCAGUUUGGCACGUGACUCGGAGGUGGUGGCAGCCAUUGCACAGCCUGGACCUCAGCCAACUAUUGGUCAUGGACAAUGGCAGCUUGGUGUAGAAGCAAACCAUGCACAGUUUUCACAACGUCCUGCUAACCUUUUGUUGCCGUGGGAGACAGGAGUUUUUGCUGAAAUUUUUGGGCAUUCCAAUUUGCUUGAACUUCCAAUGAACCAGUUGCCAGAGCCUGACACCGGCCUCAUGGAUCACGUGAUCGCCGCUGCAGAGACCUUGGAAGGUGCUGGAGCUCAGACUUUGGAGUCAUGCUACGACAAAGUAGUAAAGAAUGUACUGGAUUUGGAUUACUUCGAAAGCAAACGCAGGCAAUUGGAACUUGCUUGCGGCCAAUGGUUGGAGUUACUUUCCUGUAGCUGGUAUGCAACUGGUGUUGGUGAGAUCUUGGCACAGGAUAUGCAAAAAGAUGCAUCUGGAGCUUGUGCAUACGAGACUCUAAAGGCUUCAUUUGGAAUCAAGAGUCCACAGACUCUGCUGAAGCGGGCAUCGAGCUUGCGGAGGUACUUCAAGUGGCAUGCUGAGUUGCGAAUUGAUGCUCAGCAGGUACAUGUCAGUCCUUUGCCUUUCUCUGAAGCAGAUGUUUGGUCUUUCUUUCACUGGCUUCGUGAUUUGAGACGUGAAAACCAGCGUGGUUUUACAAACGCUUCUGCAUUUUUGGAAACAGUGAGAUUUAUGAAGUUCACACUGGAACUGAGAGAGUCUGAUGUGGUGCUGCACUCAAGAAGGCUUUUGGGCUUUGCUGCAAUUGAAAAACACCAGAAGGGACCGACUCGUCAAGCUGCACCGCUUGAGUUGUGCAAUUUGCAACGACUGCAUGAAAUCUUGGAAGGCCCUGGAUGCAUCACAGACAGGUUGGGCGCAGGAGCUAUGUUGAUUUGCGUAUAUGGACGUGCCAGGUGGUCAGACUUGAGGUUCAUCCACCAUGUGGUUGUGGAGGAAGGCAGAAAUGGCUUCCUUACGCUGUACACAGCUGAGCACAAAACUUCAGCUGUUGGAGCCAGGCGAGAACAGUAUCUCCCCUUGGUGGUGCCAUGGAUGGGUGUGACACAUGAUGAAUGGGUCAAGACCUUCAUGGAUGUGUACAGGAUGGCAGGUUUGGAUUUGUUCCGUGUGCCAUUGGGCCCACUGCUGCCAGCUCCUCGCUUAGGAGGAACCUUUGGUGCAAGACCGUUGACAACACCGGAGGCUGCAGAGUGGUUGAGGUUGCUCCUAAGGGGCACAGAUGGAUGCGAGAGUUUCAGGGCGCACUCCAUGAAAACAACCCUUCUGGUUUGGGCAGCAAAGGCAGGGCUUGACAAGGAGGUGCGUGCUGUUUUGGGUCACCAUGCUUCGGCGCUGCAGGGUUCAGAGGUGGUCUACAGCAGAUACCUGCAGACUAGGGCGUUGAGGAAACUGAACAUGAUGCUGCAUCGUGUUCGAAUUGGCCUGGGUGUGGAUGAGGAUGCAAUGGCACCAAACCCAUACGCCACGCCCAAUGUUCGGACCCCCAGACCUGGUGUUGCGGCACAGCAGCCUAUGACACCCUUUCCUCCUGCACCGGUUUUGGAUGCGCCAACAGAUGUUGUUGAGACGGCCCUGGAGGAAGUCAACGUUGCGGGAGACCUGGAGAGCGUUAAGGAGGAGCAGCUGGAUGAAGCUCAGAUCUGUGCUGCUGCUUCCAGCAUCUCACUCUUUGAUCUUGGAGUGGUGGAUACUGGAGUGAUUGAGUUGGACAGUUCGUCCGGCAGUGAGAGUGGGAGUGAUUCUACAACUUCUUCAAGCGAUGAGGCCAAUGUGAAACAGCCUGACGUUCAUGCUUUUGUUGACAGGGUCCCUGAUGGACUGCAGUACUACAAGCAUCGCAAAAGUGCGAUCAUGCACAAGGUGAAGAAUGGACAGAAGGUCGCAGCAUGCGGUGCUCAGCUCACUGCCAACUUCCAGUUGAUGCCGAAAGAAAUCAAAGUUGGAGAAAGCUCCACACGCAGAAAGCUGCAAUUAAAGAAGUUCAUUUGCAGAAAGCUGCUUCAAGACAUUUGCACUGCUGCGCAAGUGGAUUGCCUUUCUAAGCUUGCGUUUGUGAUUGGCCAACCUGGUCGGCCUAUACAAAAUCAAGAAGUGACCGACUUCUUGCAGAAUGCCUUGGGCCGUGCACCGACCUUAGCAGAGACCGCAGCUUUGAAGAGGCUUGGUUUUGAGGCUCACACAUACUUGGUUGCAACACUGAGACAGCAGAUUGACCAAAGUGAUGACACGCAACCCAGAAAAGUUGCCUUUGCCGAACGUACGCAGCGAAUGGACAGGUUGCGCCAGGACCUUAGGGGCCUUGAAGUCAGUGGUGAACUUGAGCCCUCGCAUUCGUUGUUGGACAAGUGCUGUGCAAUUUUUGAUAGCAACAAUGUCAAAUGGCUGGAGCCAGCAAUUUGUAUUUCACGAAGUAUGGAGGUUCAGGGCACGCCCAAAGCCCGCGAACUUACAUUGGAAAAAGGGUCCCUGAUCCUUAAGCAGGAUGACAAGCUGACUUGCCAGACGGACUCUGAGAUAAAGUUGCACUACGCAUUGAGCAGGAGAGCAGUUGCCUUAGCAUUUGCUCGAGUCAUGUCCUUUCAGCAACACAAUGCAUGGGUAACCUAUCUUUUCGAAGCGCUACACCGUGAAGUUCCUCCAGGUUACAGCCGUGCAAACUUGUCACAAGUUGUAAGCUGUGACAAAGCUGCCUGGGCAAGGUUGGCAACCCUAGGUGUGUCAACCCGCGAAGCUGCUGAUGGGACUUUUCCACUAGGAGAUGCACUGUUAGCCUUGAAGUUGGACCCGGCAAUCAUGUUGUAUCUUGCCCCUUUGGCAAAACCAGUGCAAAGCUCAGCAUCGGGACCAUCAAGGCCUGCUCCCUACCAGCCUUCAGGUGGAAAGUCGCAUGGUGGAAAGCCGAAGGGAAAGUCAGGAGGCAAAGGGAAGACUCCACCAAUGCCCCAGGAGUUACGGGGCAAGUACCACAAGACGGCUUCCAAUGAGCCAAUUUGCUUUGCCUUCAAUACAGCAGCAGGUUGUGCACAGUCCUCGACUGUAAAGCCGGGAGACCGGUGUCCACGAGGAUUGCAUGUUUGUGCUGAGCCGCGCUGCCAACAGCCUCAUUCGCUACAGCAGCACAAGGAGCUCUUAGAAGAGUGGCUUUCUUCACCUCUUUUGCUGUGGGUGCAUUUUGCACCGGUGUGUGGAACGGCGAGCAGGGCCAGGGAGAUACCCCGACCCGAACUGACUGCUGCGCCCCAACCUUUGAGGUCCUUGGAGCAUCCAAUGGGUUUACCUACACUUGGACCAGCAGACCGCCAGAGGGCAUGCAUGUAUGGAUCUAUGCGGGACAAGUGGACCAGGAUCAUUGCAACCUUUCCUGAAAUUUGUCAGAUGGAUGUAGUUUGUGACCGAACUCACAAGCACCUUGGCUGGGGAUUCACAACAAAUGCACAAGGCAAGAAAGUUUGGGCAACGGCCGAAGAAUCCCAGUACCCUAGAAAGCUCUGCAUAGCUUUGGUACAAGUUGUGUUACAGGUUGCUGCAACAAAAGGUGUGAAAUUGCGACCCAACUGCUUGCAUGACAUUGUUGAUCACCCUUUGCUGUCAGCAAAAAAUGCGCAGAUUGCAGCAGGUCGCCAGCCGAGAGGUGCCAAGGUUCCACACUUAGUUGCUGACUUUCAACAAACAGCAGUUUUCUUUGCAAAACAACCUGCCGACAUCCCUUGCGGCCUUAUGGGCAAACUGUCAAACCCUAUCCAGUUGAGAACCGAACAACAACAACCGGUUCUUGUGCCUAAGCACUCACGGUUUUUGCGUGGGUGUUGCGCUGCAGACUCUGACAUGGGGGUUGCGGGUGAGUCUUUGCGUGUGGACAGUGAGGAGCCCUGGGAAUACAAAGCAAUUUUUGGCUUGCCAUGGGAUUGUGAACAAUUUUUGAAGAAAACGGUGGAGGUAGGACACCCUUCAAAGUACAGUUUUUCAGUUCCAAAGGAUUUGCAACUGGCUUUGGACAAGCACCUGGAGUGGAGCGAACAGACGUUGGUUCAAUAUAGAAUGAACUGGUGCCGUAAAUGGUUGAAGAGGGCGAAGGAUUUGGAGCAGGCUGAGCAGUUGGAUGCAGCAUCUCGUCCUCCUCAUGUCCGGCAGGCCACACUUGGGAAGAGGAUCUUGCUAACUAACGAGAUCCUAGCUGAAAUGCAGUACGAAGAUUCUGGAGUUUUGGACUUGCUGCGACAUGGUUCACCUUUAGCGGGUGAGAUACCCAAGAGUGAGGCGUUUGAGGAGCUCUACAAACCUUGCAUGCUUACAAUGUCACAGUUGCUGAAGGAGGCCCCGAUGAGAAACAAAGCAGUCCUGGCUGUUUGCAAAUCCUCAGGUGACAUUGAAGUUGACAGGCAGCUCCUUCAUGAAACGAGAGAAGAAGUGAUGGCCAAGAGGUUGUCUCUUGGAAUACCUCGCAUCGUUUCUGUGAAGGCGGUGCAACAGUGGUUUGUCUUUUCAGAUGCGGCGUAUGAGCCGGAAAGCAAAGAAGGAGGUAUAGGUGCGGCUAUCUUCAAUGAAUCUUGCGAGUGCGUGGGCUGGUUUGGUUUUCCUUUACAACCAUCAACAUGCGUUCACUUUGGUGCUGAGUUGAAACAAACGAUCAUUUAUGAGUUGGAGUUAGCUGCAUCAAUUUUGGCUUUGGAUUUUUGGUCUGACAAAAUGAAGGAUGGCUUACAAAUUUGCUUUAGCGAUAACGACAGUGCACGGUUUUCGCUGAUCAAGGGAGCCUGCUUGAGCUCGCACGCGUCUGCCUUGAUGAGAUACCAUCUUGAGCGUGAGGCGGAGAACAAUCUUUGCACCUGGUACGCACGAGUUCCAACUGAGGCCAAUGUCAGCGACCAUCCAUCUCGCAAUGCCUCACAUCCUUUGCUCCCUUCUUGCAUGGAUGAAUCAUGCGCUGCAGUCGCUUGGUUUGAGAACCUUCUGAAUUUUCUGACUGCGGCAGCACAGAGAUGA